AAACACGUCCAAAACUGUUUGCUCUUCGUCGUCGUCUCAUAUAGGCUACAUACCCACAAUGAGUUUUAUUAUCUAGUUUGAUAUUUUAUGGGAAUAUCUUCCAUUUCUCGCAUGGAUCAGUAACCGCUAUGUUUAACCGAAUCUUUGACUUCAUUCCCUAUCAAGGCUCGGUCUUUGGGAAACACUGGAGCAAAUAUUUGUAGAAUGGGGUGGGGACUUCAAAUUGAAAGGCGGUGUUACCUCUUUUGGGUGAGGCUGUGACAAUCCUGAGUUCCAGUUUUUAAUCGUGAUUCAGAUGGAGUGCGUCAGGUUUUAUUCUCUUUAUUAAAUGACAGGCAGACAGCUCUCGAGUCAUUCUGCUAGCGCUGCUCAAACUGUUUCUCCUCUUUCUGCUAUAGAGAGGACGCUCCGUGGAAAUACACAACAUUCUUUGACGGAAGAGAUCUACAACAGGAUUCAAAAUGCCUAAACCUGUAAAUGUUCGCGUCACUACGAUGGACGCGGAGCUGGAGUUUGCCGUCCAGCCCAGCACAACUGGCAAACAGCUAUUUGACCAGGUGGUGAAGACCAUGGGGGUACGUGAAAUAUGGUACUUUGGACUACAGUAUAUGGACAGCAAAGGGUACCAUACAUGGCUGAAACUUGAUAAAAAGGUCUCCUCUCAGGAUGUGAAGAAGGAGAACCCUCUCCAGUUUAAAUUCCGUGCCAAGUUCUUCCCAGAAGAUGUGUCGGAUGAGUUGAUCCAGGAUAUCACUCAAAAGCUGUUCUUCAUGCAAGUGAAAGAUGGCAUUCUGAGUGACGAUAUCUACUGUCCUCCAGAGACUGCGGUGCUUCUGGCCUCCUAUUCGGUGCAGGCCAAAUUUGGAGAUUUCAGCAAGGAAGUGCACAGGCCUGGAUACCUGACCUCAGAUCGCCUUCUGCCCCAACGGGUUCUUGACCAGCACAAGUUGUCCCGGGACCAGUGGGAGGAGAGGAUUCAGGUGUGGCAUGAGGAGCAUCGUGGAAUGCUCAAAGAGGACGCAAUGCUUGAGUACCUGAAGAUUGCUCAGGAUCUGGAAAUGUAUGGGGUGAACUACUUUGACAUCAAGAACAAGAAGGGAACAGAGCUGAGGCUGGGUGUGGAUGCCCUGGGCCUAAACAUCUAUGAGAAAGAAGACAAACUCACUCCGAAAAUCGGAUUCCCCUGGAGUGAAAUAAGAAACAUUUCCUUCAACGAUAAGAAGUUUGUCAUCAAACCUAUAGAUAAAAAAGCUCCAGAUUUUGUGUUCUACGCCCCGCGGUUGCGCAUUAAUAAGCGUAUCCUACAGCUGUGCAUGGGGAACCAUGAGCUUUACAUGCGCCGCAGGAAGCCGGACACCAUCGAGGUGCAGCAGAUGAAAGCCCAGGCUCGAGAGGAGAAACAACACAAACAGAUGGAGAGAGCUCAGCUGGAGGGUGAGAAAAAGAGACGAGAGGCCAUAGAAAGAGAGAAAGAACAGAUGGAGAGGGAGAAACAGGAGCUGAUGAUGCGACUCUACCAGUUUGAGGAGAAGACCAAAAAAGCGGAAAGAGACCUGCAGGAGCAAAUGCAGAGGGCCAUGCAGCUGGAGAGUGAACGGAGGCUGGCAGAGGAGGAGGCAGCCAGAUUGGAGGCAGAAAGACAGGCAGCACUGCUCGCAAAGGAGGAACUGGCGCGUCAAGCACAGAAUCAGCUGAAGAGUCAAGAACAGCUGGCUGCUGAGCUGGCAGAACAUACUGCUCGUAUUGCACUCCUGGAGGAAGCCAAAAGACGCAAGGAGGAUGAAGCCAUGACAUGGCAGCACAGAGCACAAGAGGCCCAAAGUGACCUGGUGAAGACCCGUGAGGAGCUUCGCAAUGUGAUGACGGCACCACCCAUCCCUCCACCACCACCUGUAUAUGAACCUGAUGAGAAUGAGUAUGAAGAUGGCGAGAGCAACAGUAGCUACAGUGCAGACCUGCAGACAGGCGGUAUCAAUGACCACCGCAACGAAGAAAAGCGAAUCACUGAGGCCGAGAAGAAUGAGCGAGUUCAGAAACAGCUGUUGGCUCUGACCUCAGAGUUGUCCCAGGCUCGUGACGACACCAAGAAGACUCAGAACGAUCUGUUGCACACAGAGAACGUGCGUGCCGGCCGAGACAAAUACAAAACUCUCCGGCAGAUUCGCCAGGGCAACACUAAACAGAGGAUUGAUGAGUUUGAGGCCUUAUAAAAUAUCCGGACCAGGAAACUUUGGGAGGGAGGGAGGAAAGGCAUCUCAAAGCCCUUGUCUAUUUUCUUUCUGUCCCUAUAUCUGAGUGCUCAAUGUAAGAGGCACAUCCGGCGUACAACACAAGUACAGCACACAGUAAUGCAACAGAUUUUAAUUCAUAUGAUAUGAACACUGGUUCAACAUGCACUUAAAACUAAAUGAUUAAAAAAUGCACACUUUGACACAUAUGUUAACCCUUUAGUGGUGUACAUUGAAUUUCACGGUAAUACUUUACAGUAAGGUUCUGUACUGUAGCAUUACUUAAUGUAUGAGGAAUCAUCAACAAACAAUGAACAAUUUCAUUUUCAAUUUCAAUUAACAGUGUCAUUUAUUAAUAUUUGUUCACUUGUUCAUUCUUUGUUUGCAAUGCUAAUUAGUGAUAACUUUUCAUGUUUAUUUAUACAGUAUAUGUAGCCAUAAACAUUAACAAAUUGCUCAUUUAAUUGUAUUAAAUAAUGUUAACGCACACAGCCUUAUUGAAAACAUUACCAAUUUCAUAGAUAUACUGAAACAAAUCUGCUUUUGCCAUAAAAAUAUGAAGCUAAAUUAUAUUUCAACACGUGCCAACAAAGCAUUCUCCAUUUGUUAAAUACAUGUUAGUAAUAUAAUAAUCUGGCCAAAAUAUCGUUUUGAUUAGUUUUGGGUUAAUAAGUGGUACUUUUUCUCCCCCUUUUUCUUAUUAAUGAACCACUCAGCACAGGGCUGGCUUGCUUGCAGUAUGAUUAAUUUUAUGUAUUGUCUGAUAAUAAACCUCUUUAAUUCAUGUUGAAUAUGACUUUUGCCAGAAUAUUUGUUAUAGUGUUUAUUUAUUCAGUCUUUGGGUUAUUAGAGGUUUAUGGGAAUAUGGACUUCUUUGUCAAUGGCAGUGCAGAUUCAUUUGUUUAUUGAAUUCUGUACUGACCCAUCAUGAUUCCUUUA